GGUCCUUUUAUCUCUCUCUCUCUCUCUCUCUCUCUCUCUCUCCUUUCCUUUCUGCGAGGGUUUCGAGGUCCAAGCUUCUCCCUUUCCUCCUCCUCCUUCGAGAGGCGUGGGUCUUUCGAUCCGGGUGGCCCCUUCCGAUCCCCGAUACAUUAAUCUCUAGGUGUCUUCUUUUCUUCCGAUCGUUCUCCGCCUCUCGAGCGAGCAGGUCUUGUGUUCGAUCCGAAUCUCUGAAGCCCCGGAGCCGGAGAAAACCAGGAUUUGGAACGAUCUGAGGUGCAAUCCAGCUCUCCAGCUUGAAAUCCAGGGGCUUCCUUGCUGAAUUCCGCCUCCUGUGUCCAGGAUUGGAGGCUUGGAUGCUGUUUGUCCUGUGCCGGGGGAAUGGAGGGGGCCUGGAUUGGCUUGGAGCGGUGUGGAGAGCUAGGGUUUGGCUGCUGUGAUUUCUAGGAGGGAAUUGUUGGGUUUUCUUGAAGAGAGGGGGAUUUAGGGUUCUUUUGUUGCAUCGCCUCCUGUUCUUGGUGUAUGAGAGAGAUAGGGAACGGUGGGGAUGGAUGCGGAAGUCGAAAGAGACGUUACGGCCAUCGACCCGGACCUGCUGCAGCUAUCGGAGGUUUCUCCGUUGGCGUUGAAACAGAACCCCGAGAUUGCACAAGGGCUCUACUCACAGUGGCUGACGCUUCCGGAAACCUCUAGACUGGUGAAAUCAUUAAUCGAGGAUGCAAAAACUGGUGCACCCCUGAAUGUUCCUGGCAGCUCUAACAGUACAAAUGCUGCAGCAGGCACUUCACUGCCUUCCAUGUUCCCUGCUGGCAGUGCACCUCCUCUAUCACCUAGAAGCACUUCUGGAUCUCCUCGUGCUGUAAGACGUGGUGCAGGAACUGGAGUUUCAUCAUUUGGAUCUCCACUAAAAUUAGUUAGUGAGCCAGUGAGAGAGGUCAUACCUCAGUUCUAUUUUCAAAAUGGGCGUCCACCUCCAAAAGAACUGAAAGAGCAGUGCUUAUCCAGAAUUGAUCAUCUUUUCUUUGCCCACAUGGAUGGACUACAAAUUCAUGAAUUUAAAUCCAUCACAAGGGACAUUUGCAAGCUACCAUCAUUCUUUUCUAGUGCUCUGUUUAGAAAAAUUGAUGUCGACCGAACUGGAGUUGUAACAAGGGAUGCAUUUGUUGAUUAUUGGGUCAAUAGCAACAUGAUGACAAGAGAUAUAGCCACCCAGAUAUUUAUCAUUCUGAAGCAACCUGAUCGCAAGUACCUCACUCAGGAGGACUUUAAACCUGUCCUUCGAGAACUUUUGGCGACCCAUCCAGGGUUGGAAUUCUUACAGGGCACACCUGAGUUUCAGGAAAGAUAUGCGGAGACUGUUAUAUACAGAAUCUUUUACUAUGUGAAUAGAUCUGGAAAUGGCCAGCUUACCCUUAGAGAAUUGAAACGCGGGAAUUUAAUUGCUGCAAUGCAGCAUGCUGAUGAGGAGGAAGAUAUUAACAAAGUUUUGAGGUACUUCUCCUAUGAGCACUUCUAUGUAAUAUACUGCAAGUUUUGGGAACUUGAUACGGAUCAUGAUUUCUUGAUUGACAAAGAGAAUCUCAUCAGAUAUGGAAACCAUGCACUGACGUAUAGAAUCGUCGAUAGAAUUUUUUCACAGAUACCCAGGAAAUUUACUAGCAUGGUUGAAGGAAAAAUGGGUUACGAAGAUUUUGUUUAUUUUAUGCUGUCAGAGGAAGAUAAAUCAUCUGAGCCUAGUCUUGAGUAUUGGUUCAAAUGUAUAGAUUUGGACGGAAAUGGAAUUCUGACUCCCAAUGAAAUGCAAUUCUUUUAUGAGGAGCAGUUGCAUCGUAUGGAAUGCAUGGCACAGGAACCUGUACUCUUUGAGGACAUUUUAUGCCAGAUGAUUGAUAUGAUUGCACCAGAGAAUGAGAGUUACUUUACACUACGUGACUUAAAAGGCAAUAAACUUUCAGGAAAUGUUUUUAACAUCCUUUUCAAUCUGAACAAAUUCAUGGCAUUUGAAACUCGUGAUCCAUUUCUCAUUCGUCAGGAGCGCGAAGAACCAACUUUGACUGAAUGGGAUCGUUUUGCACACAGAGAGUACAUUAGGCUUUCUAUGGAAGAAGAUGCUGAAGAUGCCUCUAAUGGGAGUGGAGAUGUUUGGGAUGAGUCACUUGAGGCUCCAUUUUAAAAUCAAACAGAGGUACCUGAAAAAAUGCUAUGGUCCUUUGGAUGCUUGCUCAAAGGUGGCCCAGAGGCGGCUCCAUAAAAUUGUGGGGCAUGCUCCUCCGAAGGAUCUUGGCAGCUGCAUCCGCCAUUGAUGAUUAAUUACAAACUUCACCAUACAGUUCUGGUUCCAAAUCAUAUAUUUUUCCUAUGUGCAAAAUUUUUUCUUCUCGAGCCAGUGAAAGCAAGUGGCAUUCACGUCACAGCUAUGCCGAAUUAUGCACAGAAAAUGAGCGCAGUGACUGAUCCUUUCUUUUAUUCCAAUUAUUCCGGCCAGGUACCGUGCUUUUAGGGAUUAUUGGCCUUAUAAUUAGAAGAGAAUCAAUUUAUGUUUGGUCUUCAGCUGCUUUCUUUUUCUUUUCUUUUGCUACCGUUUGUGGAAGCACAAGAAGGUAAUUACAUCCUUAGCUUGUCCCCGGCAUGUUUUUCCUGUUCUGAUGGUAUCCUAUGCGAUGGUUUAUUGUAACAUAUUAUUCUCCUGAUUAAAUUUAUAUGAUGAAAAAAGAUGGGAAAACUUUUAUCACCUAUCUUUGUUGAUUUA